AUGUCUAACCAGGACUCCCCAAUCAACAUGUCGCAGUUCCUCGGCAGCGCCCACCCAUUUAAUCAGUGGAAUCCCUUCGAUCAGGAGUUCCUUGACUUCGAGGCCGGCCAGAUCACCCUUGAGGGCGAGCUCUCUAGCAGCGUCCUGAGCGGCUCGGGUCAGUUCACCGGCAGCGUCCCUACCAGCUCAGGCGAUUUGUCUAGCAGCCUUCCUAGCGGCUCGGACGAGGUCUCCGACAGCGUCCCAAGCAACGUCCCUAGCAGCGUCCCCAGCAGCGUCCCCAGCAGCGUCCCCAGCAAUGUCCCGUAUGCUCCACCAGCUACACCUCACCAGUUCCUUCGCCCAUCUGCCCCGGCUUCGAGCAACCCAGUGCGCCGUCAGGGAGUCCUCCAGCCAGCUGCCCAGAGUAACGCAGGACCCCUCCAGGGAGUCCUCCAGCCAUCCGUCCCCAGCAACGCCACGCCCCUCCAGGGAUUCGUCAGGCCAUCCCUCCCGAGCAACCCAACUCCCCUCCAGGAGCUCCUAGCCGCCUUAGGCGGACGCCCUGCGACUAUUGAGAACGUCGCUGCACUGCCCCCUCAGCAGCUAAACGCUCUCCACCGCUCCGCCCAGAGGGCCGGUAUCUGGCCUGUUUCACCACUGGCAUACGAGCCACUCAUCGAUGUGGAUGAGGUUAUCGACGACGACAUGAAGCCCCCCACGCCCGAGGAGACAGUACCCACGACCGAAGGGGCAGUACCCACGACCGAAGGGACAGUACCCACGACCGAAGGGACAGUACCCUCGACCGAAGGGACAGUACCCAAGACCAAAGACACAGUACCCAAACCCAUCUACCCGGCAUUUCAGGGCCACUUCCAGACGGCGGACGCCGCCCGCACGCAUCGCAAGCGCUCGCGCCUCCCCGCCAAGCAAGCCGCCGACGUCCAGCGCGUCAAGCAAUUCGGCCGCGAGUACUGGGUCAAGCGGCUCUACGAGGCCAUGAUCGACAUCUCGUUCGUCGUCGACAGCGCGUCCUCAAUCCACCGCCAGCGCUUCGUCGACACGGCUGCCUUCGACCCCAUGGAUCUCGAGGCCGCAGCGCACCACAUCUUCGACAACGCGGUCGGUGUGCACGAGCGCGGCUGGGCUCGCCCGAUGGUGUACCACAAGAGGGUUGUGCGCGGCAAGCUCACCGAUGUGAGCGAGAACUGCUUGGAGCGGCGGCUCGCGCGCAUCUGCUUCCGGCUCAAGCACUCGAAGGCCACGGUUGAUGAUGCGCUGAGGGGCGGCAUCACGUUGGCGCUGCUGUGCGAUAACCCUGAUGCUAGGGGCUUCACGAAGCUGUCGAAUAAUUCGGGCAACAAGAAGCGGGGUGAGCGGUUGAAGGCUGCUGGGGGCAAGGCUGCUAAGGGCAAGGCUGCUAAGGGUAAGGAUGCUACCAAGGAAGCUACUGAGUCUUCGGCUGCUGAGGCCGAUGCUCCUGAGGCUGAUGCUUCUGGGACUGAUGCUCCUGAGACUGGUACUCCUGAGGCUGAUGCUUCUCUGGUUGGUGCUCCGACUGGUGUUCCUCCGAUCGGUGUUUCUCCGAUUGAGAUUCUGACUGGUGUUCCUCCGUUCGGUGUUUCUCCGAUUGAUACCUCGACUAGUGUUCCUCCGUUCGGUAUUUCCCCGAUUGAUACCCCGACCAGUGUUCCUCCGUUCGGUAUUUCUCCAAUUGAUUCUCCGACUGGUGUUCCUCCGACCGGUGCUUCCCGGACUACUGCUCGUCGGGGUGCUCUUCCUCAAGCUCCUGGUCCUUACCCUGCUGGUUAUUACCCUGCCCGUCCUUACAACCCUCAGGAUUCCGUUCCGAGACCUGGCGGCUUUCCCCCUCAUGCUGGCGAGGUUUCUGCCGGUCGUCAGACUGCUGGUCGUCAGACUGCUGGUCGUCGGACUAUGGCCCCUCCGACUGCUACUCCCCAGGCUGCGACUCCUCAGGCGGCGACUCGUCCAACUGCGGCUCGUCCAACUGCUACCCGUCCAACUGCUACCCGUCCAACUGCUACCCGUCCAACUGCUACCCGCCCACCUGCUACUCCUCAGACCGAGUAG